GCUGUUAAAAGCCUGCCGUCACUGCCAGGCGGUGGGUGGGUGUGGUCUUCACUGGUUUGUUGAACAUACCAGAGCUUAAAUGCUGAACAGUCACAGCCAUUCACCGACGCCACUCCUGUUCUCCUCUCCUUCACCGACUCACUGUAGCACCAGCUUUCACAAGCCUUGCCCUCUCCAGGAGAACAGGACAGCUGUCGAGGAAGGAUGUCUGUUCCGUUGUCAGCGCUGAUAUGUCUGACGGUCGUCCAGCUGUGCAUGGGAGUUCAGCCCGUGGAGGAGGUCAUCACGACCAAAAAAGUGCCUAAACUGGGUGACUGGGUUAAGAAGAGUCCAGACACAAAUGACGUUCAGGAGGCAGCUAAACACGCCAUGGAGAUGUUCAACACAAAGUCCAAGGGCAAGAAGAUGUUCAAACUGGUCUCAAUCACCAACGCUAAGGCUAAGGUGACCAACACGAUCCACUUCAAGAUUAAUGCAAUCCUGGGAAAAACCAAGUGCCUCAAGUCUGAAAACCAUGACCUGGAUAGCUGCAGUCUUGACAAAAAGAGUCUGAAGUGCCACUUCGAGGUGACUUUCGACCCCCGCGACAACAAACAUGAGCUGUGGACACACAAAUGCAAGAAAGUUGUGGAGAAGAAGGCCUAAGUUUUUUUUGUUUUUUUGUUUUUUCUAACAGGCUUCACAUUUUAUAAGCUCUUUGACUUCACAUCCUCAUUUGCUAUUUUCUACACACAAUUACCUUUGAUUAAUGUUUUACAGCUUGUUUAAAGAGAUGGACGUAAUUAAGUCGAGAUUUGGAAAACGUGACCAAGACGAUUUGUGUUGGCAUGAUGUCUUUACGUUUUCUUCAUCUAUUUAUUUUCAUGCUUUGUUUUUAAUUUCAUGAUUUUGCAUACCAUCUGUAUGGCAAUUAUCUUGUAUAAUUAAAAGAGAUUUCCAGUAA